AUGGAUUGCACUUACAAGACAAGCAAAUAUAAACUCCCCUUGCUCGAGAUUGUUGGUCUGACUUCCACAGAUAAGACAUACUCCAUAGAAUUCUGCUACAUUGGCAGUGAGGCCACAUAUGACUACAUUUGGGCAUUGGAGUGUAUGAAGUCUCUUAUUGCCGACCAAUCCAGGUUGCCUACAGUGAUUGUGACUGACCGAGAUCUGGCCUUAUUGAAGGUUAUGGAGAAGUGGGCCAACUUGCUAGAUGCUUCAACAGUUGAAGAAUUUGAAGGUCUUUGGAUGGAAUUGUUUAAAAUGUGCAAGGAUAAAUACAGAAACUUUAUCACUUAUUGUUCUACUACAUGGGCUGAAGAUGCACAUGCCAGCUUGAAGAGGAUGUUGCGGAACAGCAAGGGCGACCUGGCCACUUCAUGGGAUGCGUCGCAUAGUUUGACCAUGAAUCGUCACACUGAGAUAGUAGCAUCGUUUGAGCGCAGUAUUAACAGAAUUGAUCACAUUUUCAAGACCCCAUUCUACAUAAAUAUUAGAGGAUUUGUGUCAAACAAAUGCUUGCAACUCAUUGAUGCUGAACAGACAAGAACGAAGUUACGAAAGAAUUCCAUAAAGUCCAACCACACUCUUACGUUGAAGGAGAGCAAACCACCCAAGGGUCAAGCAAUAGGAUCCUUGACUCGUGAUCCUUCAGGGUUUGAACAUGUUGACAUGGAGAUCAAAGCGGCAAAGAAGGCUUCACAAGCAGCAAAGAAGGCUUCACAACCAGCAAAGAAGGUUCACAACCAGCAAAGAGGAAGAACCUUUCUCCAUCCAUAUAUAGACGGAGUUACAAAUGUUGAGGAUGAUGGCAACUGUGGCUAUAGAUCCAUUGCUGCAUUACUGAGGCAUUCCUCUGGUGAGGACGGUUGGCCUUGGGUUAGAGCAUCGUUGAUAGGAGAACUUGAUCAUAAUAGGUUGAUGUAUGAGUCCAUGUGGUCCGGACAGAUUGUUACUGCCUUACAUGAUCGACUCACUCUUCCUUAUGGUGACCCAGCCACCCCUGAUAAAUGGAUGCAACUGCCAGAGAUAGGAUACAUUAUGGCAAAAAGGUUCCAAGUGGUUUUCAUAACCUUCUCCUCUAUGGGUUGUAACACAUACCUUCCACUGAGAGGAGCCGGUCUACCAGAUGUGCAUUCUAUUAUAGCUAUUGGUCAUGUGAUAAAUCACUUUAUACAUCUUCAUUUAACUCCUGGACACCCUAUGCUGCCUUUUGUUCCCCAGUGGCAAUGUCAUGCUAAUACUGCCUCCAAAUACUGA